AUGGCAACUCUGCAGAAAUUCAAGCUGUUAGCCACCCAAUGCGCGGUCGCCGGAAGCCCGACCAGGAGCCCCACAGCCAGCCCUGUGAUCCACCUCCGCCGCCGGAAAACUCUCCGGAUGCUGCUCGCCCGAGGCGGAGGCGGCAGCGGGGGAAGAAGGUUGCCUCCGCGCUGCGACGACGGCUCGCCCGAUCGGAGGGGGAGUGGAGACGAAGGUAGCGCACCGGAGAAGGGGAAGCAACUGUCGGUCAGUCACAAGCUGAAGGAUUUGUUUGUGUCCUCGCCACCGGCGUUCGAGGGGCCGGUUUCGGAAAAUGUCAGGGAAGGGCUGCUGCGGUCGAGCGGCGGAGACGGCUGCCUCAGGAGAGGUGCGAACCGCCCCCUGCGGCCGCUGUCGGCGACGUUUCGACAACGGCUGUUGAGGAGAGCUUGGCGGCCCGUGCUCGUCGCCAUACCUGAGUAA